AUUUUUUCGUAUGUUGAACGUGCCUCGUCGUUGCGUUGAUGCCCUGAAGAUCACACAUUUCUGACUCCACGACUGCUUCUAUCGCAGCUGAGAGUUGCUCGUGCUUCCUCGAGAAGCGCAAGAACCAAUAAAAGUAUCUAUAAUGUCGGUCGCUUGGUUAGACGAGCCGGAACCACUGGCGACGGCGUGGUCGCCGUCAACGGUGUGUGUUUUUCCGUGCGCGGAAGGGGAAGGUGCGUAUUUACUUCCACCAGGCUCAGGCGGAGGGAAGCGAACUUUGUCGAAAUCCUCUGCGGAAAUAUCAACCAGAUGUCCUUCAAAGGCAUCAAGUUCCUCGUCGGGAAUCGGUGAAGACCAGGAUGGAUCAACACAUGUUGACGCGGGAACAAAGAGACGUACUACAGGACCGAGCGAUUAUGGACAUAGUCGCAACUACUACCUCUACACACGACCGGGAGGUGGACCACCAUCAACGUCUGAUGGUGGUCCAUCAAUGUCGGGUUCAUCGAUAUUGAGAAAUCCACCCAGCCCAGUCACAGACAACGCCAAAAAUCUCCUACGGAAAAGGCCGCACCAGCACGGCCCCGCUAUAUUGCCACGACGAGGAGGGAAGAAUUCCAAUUCAUCUGCUCUUUCGGUUCUGAAGCUUCUCCUGUGUCUAAACAUCACGGAAACAUUGAACCUUGGUCCUGCAGGAGUUCAGGCUGAGCAGCAGGUGGUUUUACCCGGACAAGAAGAAGCCUUGAUGGCGUCGAUGACAGCCGCGAAAGCGAAGCAGGAGCUGCCUAAAUACGGCCAGCACCAGCGGUUUCGCUUCCAGUUCGACCCGCUUUACUACACGGAGAAUCGCGAUUUUCCCUACAAGCAUCCCCAGCCCUUCGUUGCGACACACCCCAUCGGCCCAGCGAACGCAGACGCGGUCACCGCGGCAGGAGGUGGGGAUAAACUAGCACUUCUUGACGGCGGCAACACCGGUGCGAUGAAUAAAGCGACUACCUCCCGAGAACGGAUGAUCCCGUUAGUCGCUCCGUUUCUAUCCUGAGUAAAAACGUACCCACACCAGAGUUGUCAUGCAGAUUUGCCAUGACAGGAACAUUUGUGAUGCGCAACCCCAUGACAGGCAUUUUCAAUCGUGUUUGGGAACUUGUAAUGCUGUAAACAGGAUCAGCAGAUCGAUUUGUGAUGCGGCUUUCCUUGCUAACUUGCACUACCUUACAGACUGAAACUUGUCAUGCGUGACUCCCAAAACUCCUAGGUUUGUGUUGCAAAAUCCCCAUCUUGACUCUGGUGUUGGUACGUUUUUAAUCAGGAUAGUUUCUGAACGAAACCUACCUCGUGGCGACCUACUCGAUCAGCUACUGCAGCCCGGUAUCAAAUGCAAAAAUGUCUGGGUCUGGAAGAUUGCCAGGUUUGUCAUGCAUUUUUCGCAUGACGCCUGAUGCCUGUAAUGCAUGAUCUAGCAACACAGAUUUUUAGCGGGCUCCCUAAUGCCUGCUCCGCAUGAGAAAUGCCCUCUCUACGUAACACAACGUGGAGUCCUGUUGCUGGUCAUGCACUACAGAUUUUUUUGGAAUCCAAAAACAGCAUUACAAGUUGCAAUCUUCCAGACCCAGACAUUUUUGCAAUCCAUACCCGGAAAAAUCCGUCGAGGAUUGGUUUCAGCAGAACGAGUCCCCUAUCCAGUGCAAAAGUAUCGCACUCGUACUAAUUGCAGUUUAUGCAUUACAAAUCUACGUGCUAAGGGAAAUCCGCAUUACAAAUUUAAUUUGUAUACGCAGAGCCGAUUUGUAUUGCAAUUUAUACUAGUACGAUACUUUUGCAAUGCAUAUCCCCCGCGCGGCACAACCCGCUGCGGAUGGCCAGCGUCUUCAACGCGGUGGGCCUAUCGAAAGGAAAAAUGCCCCCACCCCCAAAGUUGGAAAAAUUUGUGAUGCGAAGUUUCCAAAUGAAAACGUUUUGUCAUCAUGCACGAAAGGAGUAUGAAUCUUAUCUUUCUGAUGCACAUGCAGAGCCUACGCGUGCGUCGCAUCGCUUGCAUGACAAGUGCCGCUCUUGCUGGGGUCUUUUGCAAUACAGAUUUUUGCUAUUCACAAUCGGAAAUCUGUGGUGUUGAUAGAUGCAAGAGCGCGAAUGUCUCACUUGGAAAGGUUUGCAAUACAAAUGCCCCCGAGUUCGGGGGUGGGAGCAUUUUUCAUUGUAAUAUGGCCUAUUGAAAGACGAACUCGGGUCCAGCUGCAUCGGCUACGAUUUCCAGGCCGAGAUGUGUCUGCAGGGGAUUGAUUUGGUGAAAACGGAGGACGUAUGCAUCGCAAAUAUGUCUGGGUCUGGAAGAGUGUAACUUGUCAUGCUACAUCUGGAUCGUGGAAAAAUUUGUGUUGCAUGAUUACCAAAAGAGGCAAUUUCUCAUGCAGGGACGGCAUGAUAGAGAUCUCACAGAACCUGUCAUGCUAGGCCGUGCAUGCCAGACCGCGUGGGUCCUGGAAAACCUGCAUGACAGACCGAGCACUCUUUCAGACCCAGACAUUUUGGCAUUCGAUAAGACGUUUCCACCCACUUACCCGUGCUCUGGGUCCCCGCACCGGUCGUCGCGAACUACCGGGUGGUAUCCUGUGCAAAAGUAUCGUACUCGUAUUGCAGUCAUGCAUUACAAAUCUUUUUCUUAAGGUAAAUCCGCAUUACAAAUUUUAUUUCUCAUGCUGAGGAAAUUUGUAAUGCAUUUAUACGAGUGCGAUACUUUUGCAAGUCAUAGGUGGAAGCGCUGCUGUUGCCGACGUCGAGUGGUGAGCCGACCCCGCUGGAAGUGAACUUUCCGGACGUGUGGGAGGCCACACCAGCGCUCAACGGCUAUUCCGACCGGCCGCGCAACCGAGCGCGGCUGUUUAAGACCAUGGAUGAGGAGCACGCGAAGGUUUUGCUGCAGUACAUGGCGGCUGCUGCGAGCGCGCCGCAGGAUCAGCUGGCGAGCAGCACUAACGCAGAACUCUUACAAGAGGAAGCAGUACCAGGCGCGCAACAAGAAUCACCACCGCAACACCAGCAACAGCUCUUAGGGGAGCCGCUGGACAGACUAGAAUUCAACAUUGCAAACAUUGACGAGCCCGCGGCGCUGUGGACCGCAAACUUAACCGCACGAGAGUCGUGGAUGGCCAUGAUGAGCGAAAGUCUGCAGUACGCCGUACAAGCGGGAAUCGAAAACGCGGACGCGGAGGGGACGGUCUGGGCCGAGUUUGGCGUGGCGAGCGGAAAGUCGACUGCCUACAUUGCAACCGCGCUGAAGAAAACGUAUCUAUUGCAAAUUUGUGCGAUUUUUUUCUCAUGCAAGCAAGAUAGAAUGUGAAUGCAAAUAUGAAUACCUAAUGUUGUGCUUGUGCCAUGCCUGGCUGUCAGUAUGUGUCAAAAACGAAUUUUUCCACCUUCAGAUACGGUUCCCGCGUCACCUUACACGGUUUCGAUUCGUUCGUUGGCAUCCCGGAGAAGUGGAACAACCUGGAGGGCGGGACCUUUACCAUGGAGGGCAAAGUGCCGGAAAUCGUGACCAACAUGCCCAACAUCCAAGUCCACAAGGGCUGGUUCAACGAAACGAAAACCGAUUUGGAUCACCUAACCCGCGUCGCCUUCCUACACAUGGACAUGGAUAUUUACCCCGCGGCCCGGGAGGUGCUGCUGCAUUUCGCCUGCCGGCUGGAGCGGGGCACGGUGCUAUCAAAUGCAAAAAUGUCUGGGUCUGCAAGGAUGCCAGAUCUGUCAUGCAGGAUUUCCAUGACCCAUGAGGUCUGGAAUGCGGGAGCUACCAUGACAAACUCUAUGAGGUUUCUUUCAUGCCUAUACUGCAUGAGAAAUCCCCUCCCAACUUGGCCGAAAGUGGGCAGCUUUUGGCACUCAUGCAACACAGAUUUUUGCAUGAUUCACAUUUAGCAUGACAAGUUGCAAUCUUCCAGACCCAGACAUAUUUGCAACCCAUAGGUGCUGGUGUUUGACGAGUUGAUCAACUAUGACGGCUGGAUAUGAGAGUGCACAACUCCCCCUCGUCCCCCUCAUUUGUAUUGCAUGAGCAGCAUCACAAGCGUCGGCAAGAAUGCAGCGGGUUUUGCAUGACACAUUUGCGCUGGAGUCUAGUGCUAUUUGGGCUACCAGAACUUGUCAUGCAUAAUAGUGACAGGAGGGAAAGGGUAAGUUGAGUCUUUUGCAUGAGAAAUGAGAACGAGGGGGAGUUAUGCACUGUCAUACUAGAUUUUAGAUGGCGAGUUCAUGGCCCUGCAGGAAGUGGCCGCGUUGGUUGGGCUGGUGUGGGAACCACUCGGCUUCUACCACGAGCAGGCGGUGCCGAUCAUGAUUUUGGAUAACCACAGGUACGGGUGCUAGAUGAAACUGCGAGGAUGGAGGAAGGGAAAGCUGAGGUCCUCCGUGAAACUGGCGUGCGAGCAAUGUUCUUGCCACGGUAAGAACGAUGUUCUAGUCGCGAGGAAAUACUAUACUUAUUUCGCGACCAUUCGGGGAAGGGGAACACAGGAGGAAUAACGACCGAUUGUUCGAACAUGCUCACGCAUUCUUGUUGGUUCGAAGAUGAAUCAGAAUGAAAGAUUUUCGGUCUGCAGAGUAUUGUACAGACGAGCUGCCGUGGCGCCACGGCCAAAUCUUGACCUGUUUCCCUUUGCAUUUUGUGCUGGCACGACCACCAUCUGUAGUCGUUCACCAU